UUUCUUGGCUGUGUGAAGCGUGCCUGGGAUUCCGCCGAAGCGGCGCCAGAGCCCCAGCCUCCGCCUAUUGUGAGUUCAGAAGACCGUGGGCCGUGGCCUCUUCCUUUGUAUCCGGUACUGGGAGAGUGCUCACUGGACAGCUGUGAUUCGGAACUGCUUUCCAGUCCUUGCUGGCGGCUACGCUGGAUCUACCCGCAAAACGGACUCUUUCCCGGAGUCCAGAGCAUCUUGGAACCAAGUACCGACCAGCCCGCUGAGUUCAGUUGGCCCGGGACACAGAAGCAGCAAGAGGCACCCGUAGAAGAGGUGGACCAGGCAGAGCAAUCCGAGAGAGUCACACUCGGGCAACUUCCCUUGAGCAGUCCUCCCCAGCCCUGGGACAGACUGGAGGACACCCAGGCCUGUGACAGCGGGCGCCUUUUGAAAUGCCACCGUUCUCCAGCCUUCCAUUGGUGGCGCCACCUCCCGGGUUUCUCAGACUGCCUGGAGUGGAUUUGUCGCGUUGGUUGUAAUUCGUUCUCUGUACCCUGGGCGUGUUGCCCACGGAUCUGUGGAGCUAAGCAGCCUUAGACGGCAGCAGAAGACUUUUUGGAUUCUCGUUGAGAAGAUUCUCGGUUACCAAACGUCUCCACACAGAAAAUAAAAAUACAUUAAGAUGUGUCUUCAUGGCUGGUUGUCAAUUUUUAAAUUCUCUUUUACUGAUUAAUCUUCCUUGUGUCAGGUUGCUUAUUACUUGCAGUUUCCUUAUAUUUUAAACAUUUAUAUUUAUUUUAUUACAUAUUUUAUU